AUGAGGAAUUUGAUUCUGGGGGCUUAUCAGUAUAGGCAGGCUUCAGGCUUGUGUAGAGGUUUUAAUGCUGAGUUUGUAGAUUACAGGCUUAUUGGCUUGGCGCUGUUCUUUAACGUUACUGAUGAACCUAACCAGUUUAGUGUCGGCAUUGGUUUCAAUUCAAAGUCUAUUCCUUAUAGCCAACAAACACUUGUUUGGGUUGCUGGUGGUCAUGUCAAAGUAAGCAACAUGUCGUAUUUUCAACUUACUUCACAAGGGGAGCUUGUCUUGGUUGAUUCGUUACACGGAGUCACUGCGUGGACUAGUGGAACGGGAAACAAAUCUGUUGUUUCGGUGGUUCUUCACGACGAUGGAAAUCUUGUUCUUGUAGACGCAAAACAAACCAUUAUUUGGCAAAGUUUUGAUAAUCCUUCUGAUACACUACUCCCAGGACAGAGAUUACAUGUAUCCAAGACACUUCGUGCUUCAUCCAAGAACCUAGAGACUAGUUACUAUAGUCUUUACUUGAAUGCUUCUGGUCGGUUGCAGCUUCGCUGGGAAAGUAAUACUGUAUACUAG